AUGGGCUCUUAUAAAUCAUGUCAAGAUCGCCCUGGUGGCGGCAGUUCCAGUUCAACGGAUAGCUCGACAUCCAAAAGUACUGCGGCUACAGCUUUGAGUGACCGCCUCAGCACAAAACACCAAGAAAGAACUGUAGUAUAUGAAGAACGAGCUCCGAGACCCAGAGACUCCGUCUCCACAUGUGCUUCAUCGGCUGGUUCAGCCACUGAUCUCUCGCAUGAAGAACCACGAUAUGAAGUCCACGAGCGGGAAGAGUUCUUCCCUCUUGACGCUAUCCCUUCGACCCCAUCUUCUUUCGCGCCUUUGUUCCCGUCGUCAAGGCGGCUGCUGAUCCGCCAUGAUGAUGCCACUAUCGACGGUAAUAUGAACCUGCGCGUCGAUACCCCCGUCCACCUCAGGGAUGGCUCACAGCGCGAUGUCAUCCUCUUCCAUCUGCGCAUGUAUGAUCUCUUCGCAAGGAAGUUCUCCUUUCGUCGCUACUGCCGUGACUCCGGGCGGGAGGUAUGUCACUCGGCAAGGAGGGAAGCCUCCUCGGGACACGAUAAACGUCCGGCGUUCCGUCGGUCGUGGAGUACCGUCUUUGCCAGUCUGCGGCCAGGCUCAAGUAGCAAUGGUGCACCGUCGACAAGUACAACGACUGCACAUGGAGAUCUUAAACGACAAGAUUCGGACUUUGGGCCUUGCCACGUUCUCAAGAGCGCCUGUCACGAACCAGGUGUGAGCGACGAUGUAGAAGCGGAAAAGGCACCAGGUACUGAUGUCGAGAGGCCGACACUGGUGGAUACUAUUCUUCUGGAGUUCUCCAAUUAUGCGCAUGUCGAAUUGAAGAGGAAGGGCCCUGGCCUGAACAAGAAGUACGAGUAUGAGUAUUGGUCCACUAAGUAUCAGUGGCGACGCGAGUUCCGCAAAGAGGGUGAUCUACACGAGGUGUCGUAUUUCCUGGUUGACACGCGCACUUCCAAGACCAUUGCCCAUCUGGUCCCGGACACUCUGGCGCCUCUCGAUGCGGUCGAGGAGGAGAGCAAGGGGGGUUGGGUCCCGCCGUCAUCAUUGUGGAUCAGUGAUCCUGCGGUUUAUGAGAGGAUGCCUGACAUGGCCGAUGUGAUUGUGGCUACAGGUAUUGUGGCGCUAGUUGACGAUUGCAUUCGUCGUCGCUGGCAUCAAGAGCGCCGGCCUUCGUGGAUGCUUCCCGCUCAGCACUUGUCGAAGAGCUUAGAGCGCAUGGGCCCUCGGCGCCUGAUCGGUCAAGUACUUCAGCGACGAGGAUCUGCCUAA